AGCUAAAACCCUCGAAUCGCAGAGCCGCUUAAACCUCUAUGCCUCCGUCUCUCUCGCUCUCUCUGCGUAUGAAGAAGCUCCACAUUUCUUCUUGAGUUCUAGGGCUUGCUCCUUCCGCGCAGAUUCCCAAUGGCUUCAGUCGCUCUCAGAAACCCUAAAUACAAGCGCCUCGGCCCUUUCACUUCCCAAAUCUACUGGUGCUGUAGAGGAUCGGCUCGCUCAUCUCUCUCCGAUUCCAUAUCCGGAAAUGACCGGGUUUCCGUUCCGUAUUCCUGGUGGAGAUCCAUGGCCACUUUCACCCGAACGAAACCUCACGUGAAUGUGGGAACUAUUGGGCAUGUCGAUCAUGGGAAGACUACACUGACUGCAGCUAUUACAAAGGUGCUAGCAGAAGAAGGGAAAGCUAAGGCUGUUGCGUUUGAUGAAAUUGACAAGGCUCCAGAAGAGAAAAAGAGAGGAAUUACAAUUGCAACGGCACAUGUGGAGUAUGAAACAGCUAAGCGACACUAUGCACAUGUAGACUGUCCAGGACAUGCAGAUUAUGUUAAGAACAUGAUUACGGGUGCUGCACAAAUGGAUGGGGGUAUUCUUGUUGUAUCUGCCCCCGAUGGCCCCAUGCCGCAGACCAAGGAACAUAUUCUGCUUGCUCGUCAGGUUGGUGUGCCAUCACUUGUGUGUUUUCUAAAUAAGGUCGAUGCUAUUGACGAUCCUGAGUUACUGGAGCUUGUGGAAAUGGAGCUACGUGAGCUUCUUAGCUUCUACAAAUUUCCUGGGGAUGAGAUCCCUAUCAUUCAGGGUUCGGCUUUAUCUGCAUUACAAGGUACGAAUGAAGAGAUAGGCAAAAAAGCUAUCCUGAAAUUAAUGGAUGCUGUGGAUGAAUACAUUCCUGACCCUGUACGCCAGCUUGACAAACCUUUUCUGAUGCCUAUUGAAGAUGUAUUCUCAAUUCAGGGGCGUGGAACUGUUGCCACUGGUCGUGUUGAACAAGGAAUUAUUAAAGUUGGUGAUGAAGUUGAGGUUUUGGGGUUAAGGCAGGGUGCUCCUUUGAAAACCACAGUCACCGGUGUUGAAAUGUUCAAGAAAAUAUUAGACCAAGGGCAAGCCGGUGACAAUGUGGGUCUCCUUCUUCGUGGUCUAAAACGGGAAGACAUCGAGCGUGGUCAGGUAAUUGCCAAGCCUGGCACUGUUAAAACAUACACAAAAUUUGAGGCUGAGAUAUAUGUGCUCACUAAAGAUGAAGGUGGACGCCAUACAGCCUUCUUCUCAAAUUACAGGCCUCAAUUUUAUUUGAGGACUGCAGAUAUCACUGGGAAGGUAGAAUUGCCUGAGAAUGUUAAGAUGGUUAUGCCUGGGGACAAUGUGACUGCAGUAUUUGAGCUGAUUUCACCUGUUCCACUUGAACCAGGACAAAGAUUCGCCUUGAGGGAGGGAGGUAGAACGGUUGGUGCAGGUGUGGUUGCAAAAGUGCUGAGCUGAGACGACACUUGAUGAUUUUUCAGCUUUUAAUCUGUUCAUUUGCGGAUUGGGGAACAAAAAACCUGACUGUUAUCUCUUGGAUUUGGUUACACAUCCCAAGGGGUUGUUGCUUUCAUAGUUCACACUGGAUGAAUAUUCUCUCUGGGAACUAAAAGAGAAAUUUCUUGUGGGGAUGCAAUUGAGAAAAAUUGGAAAGGAAGUUGAUAUCAUUUUGUUGUUACCUUUUGCAGUGCACAAUUGGUCAAUGUGAUCUUGAUCAUUACUGAUACAAUUCUGUCCUUGUUAUUAGGAAUAAUCAGUUAUGCAGUAGGUUGGAGUAUUAUGCAGUAUUGCCAACAUGUGGACCACUUAAUUAAAUUGUGAAUUAGUGCUUAUGUUUUGAAUAAUCAUGGAACCCUUCCCAACAAAAAGAAGUAUUAGAUCUGGGAUUUAUGUUGUA